CCCCUACAAAUUGAAUCCAAAUUCUCUUAUUCUUGACGGAGGACCUCUAUCUUAGAAAAUGAACAAGGAAAACUACUCAGAACUUAGAAGCAACAAUGGAACCAAUCAGAAGGAAGGCAGUGAGGCAGAGUAAGAUCCUCUGCCUGGUAACUCCAUCAAUUCCCUCACACAGCAUUUCCCCGUCCAACUUCCUGAAAGCUGCCUCCACCGAUUGCCACGUCUUUUGGGUUCUCACUGCGGGACCCAUCACAAAUAUCUGGCUUCUGGUUUGGUACCAUUCCUUCUCCCUCUCUCGCCCUGUCUUAUUCCUUCCUUCCACCUUUCUUCCCAAUCUCUCUGGCCUCUGCUUUGCUUUCUUUACUAUCGAAUUCUUGCUUUCUGGGCAGCUCUUCUCUCCUUCUGCGGCUCUGUUAAGCUAAGCAGCAAAAUCUCUGGAUCCAUUUUCUUUUCUCUCUCUUCUCCGGUUUAAGAGGUUAAUCUGCCGUGGUAGUUUCAACUUUGAAGGAGGAACUAAGCUAUGAAAGUUUCGAAGGGCAGGGGAAGCAAGGACAAGAACGAAGCAAUUGUGGAGGACAGGAAGUCUGCUGGGAAGAGGAAGGCAGUGGGGAAGGUUUCAGAGAGUAGGAAUAGCAGUAGUAGUAGCAAGAGAAGAACUGGGAGUGUUAAUAACGUUGAGAAACAGGCUUCAGCCAAGGAUCCCAACAAGCCAAAGCGGCCUGCCAGUGCCUUCUUUGUAUUUCUAGAAGAGUUCAGGAAGGUUUACAAGGAAGAGAAUCCUAAUGUGAAAGCUGUCUCCGCUGUAAGCAAAACCCUAGCUAGCUACUGCUUGCUGAUUCAACUUCAUGAGGCCUUAUUCACAAGGAAAAAGGAUGUGUUUAUUUGUUUGUUUGUUCAGGAGAAAGCCCCUUAUGAAGCGAAGGCGGCCAAGAGGAAAUCGGAUUACCAGAAGCUUAUGAAUGCCUAUAACAAGAAACAGGUGGAAAGUGUGGAUGAGAAUGAAGAGGAUGAGGAUGAAGAAGAAGAGCCCGCCAAAUUGUCGAAGAAGCCUAAAGUCAAUGGCGCCAAGGAAGAUGAUGAGGCAGACUCUGAGGAGGAGGACGAAGAUGAUGAUGAUGACGACGACGAAGAUGAUGAUUGAAGUGUUGGAAUAUGUUGAAGACCAAAGCUGAGCAUAUGUGGAUUUUGGAGGAUCAUAGGCUUGGGAUUUCAAGGGAGCCUUAAUUAUGUUUUCUUAUGUCUUGACUAUGUUAGUACAUGUGUGAUUGGCUUCAAGAAGCCGGAUUAUGUGGAUAGACAUUUGAUAAAAAAGUUAUCGAAGUUACUACUUUUUACUAAAUUGUGUGGGUAAAUGUAAAAUUUGAAUCAUGAUCCAAUGUCUUUAGUUCAGCUUUAUCUUUACGUUGUUAGACUCGGGUUCAGAUUGAGUUAACAAUGUUUGAAAUUGCAUUGAGUUACGAGUCAGUUGAUAUGUGAUCAGA